AUGAGCUCUGACGAUCAGGUUUACAGACGAAUGCAGGUCAAAGUUUUGUAUUCUUUUGACAACAGCCCGACAGUCUUCCUUUCUCGCUCCAAGACUCAAUAUUCUGUCAAGGUUGCCCAGAUACCGUUAUCUAUGGCCGAAAGCGAAAACGAGUUUCUCACCCUUGGUGCGUUUGACUUGAAGAAUUGCGUCACGCAAAUUCUCAAAAGUUCACCAGAGAAUUUCAAACUUGACACAGAGGAUUACGCCGUCUAUUACAAGGAUAUUACCGAGCAACCCGAUGAGCCAUUUGUGGCAAAUGGGGAACUAUCAACUUUAUUAUCCCUGGCAAAACCAUACCUAAUUCCUGGACGGGUGUGCCAAAAUCUUUCUGCAUCAUUUUUAUUUGGCGACAAAGCAAAUGCAUCCUCAUUGACAUUAGAAAUUCGUCUAAAGCUACAUGUGAUCGAGAAAAAUAAGGAGGAACCCCAACAAAAAGAUCAAGAAAGCGAGCGUUCUAGGGCGUCCAACCAAUCGCAUAGUCGCAAAAGAAAACAGCCUCCACCAAACACGUCAUCGUCUGCUGCAUUGAAGGCAACACGAACCAAAUCUCUUCCCAUAUUCUACCAUCCUCCAAACCAGCAAAUAUCGAGCAUUAUCUACGCGGACAAAUUGAAUGCGGCCCCCAAAUAUGAUAGUAAAAGUAUCCAGGAACGAUUCAAUCUGGCUCCCUUUCUACUGGCUAAGAUAAUAGAUAAGCCGAGCCGCAAAAGGAGACGCUCAAAUGUUCCCUUGACGCCAUCGGUCCUGACCCCUGUUGAUGGUUCUUAUCCUCAUCGUGCAAUGCGUACGCGUUCCAUGAUGACUAGCUUGCCCAUAAUGUCUUCAUCGCCUGUAAACGGUUCUGAAUCCACAGAUGACACCGAUUACAAUGAGAAUACGCAUGCAAUUGACGAGGAAGAAGAAGAGGAAGAGGAAGAUGCGGAUUACAAUCUUAAAGAUGGGGUAUCCUCUCCUUAUCUUCCCAUGCAAACUUACAAGCUGGGGCAAUCCACGGCACUCUCAAAGUCGGACACGACAACGACCACCAUCAUUGCAACCGAGAAUAACACAUUCCAAUCUCUUCCAGAUCUCGAGGACUUGGACAGUAAGAAGAUACAUACCAUACCAAGCACAAAGCUUCCUGACAACCAUGAUCUCCUUUGCAUAAAUAAAAAUUGUGCUGCCAACGAUUCUGUGACUUGGAGAUACUUUGAGACGAAAUUCAACUCGAAUUACUUGAAUAUUCAAAGGUCAAAAGUGUUUGACAAGAAGAUGUACGAUGGAAUGUUUGGUCCCUUGUGUAAUGCAUGCUAUUUGUUUUUGAGGAACAAAGGAUUUAUGCGCCCAGAAGCAGUGGUGAAGAAGUAUUUACAGCAACAAAAGUAUAAAAGGGAACUUAAAUUGAAGGAAGAAUCGUCUUUGCAUCAACUGUCUUCCCCAGCAAACCCUGAUCACAAAUUUGCCAUUCCCUCGCAUGCUCCUUCCACAAUAAAUGAGGUAAUAAAGAAUCGUGAAGGUAUGAAAACAUCGCAUCAAAUAAGUUCAACACCAAACCAAACUCCUGGUGGUGAUGACUUUCAAGAUCUCAAUGAUUUUAUGAACCAACUAAACAAUUUUGGAGGACCGUUGACCGACAUAGAUUUGCCACAUGAUGCCCAGGUGAAUAAGCAGGAGACUACCCCACCAAUGAUGGCCACCAAAUCCAAUACGAGAGUAAUAAACCUAUACGAGGAAGAGGAAGAUAAGGAGAACUUUCCACCCCAAGAGAAAGAGGGUUUCUCUGAAAUUGAGCACAUGGUAAUGAAAUCUUUCAAUCUGCGCUCUAGCCCCGAUCAAGAUGAGUGGUCUCACUUCUUCAAUGAACCCACUCCUAAGGAUAAUUGCAUUACACCAGCAACAGGUAAGACACCUGUAGCUGAAGAGGAAUCGUCAUUAGGAAAAACGUAUGGCUCUACGUACGACAAGUUGGACAAUCAGAACGCAACAGUUGUAAACAUGCCUUCGUCACCUCUCCUCUCGAGUUUUGAUACAAAACAAACCAUCAAAGAUACAACGGGGUCAUCAUCUCCAAGUGACCGGGCUACGCGUAAUGACACGACGAUGUCUUACGUAAAUGGAAAGAAAUCCAGUCCUCAUAGCGAUAUUUUUGCUGAUGAUGGAAAAAUAUAA